GAUUGUCCGCAGGCGAGGGGAGUGGAAGCCCGAGGUGUUUUUGGAGGUCCCGAGGGGUAUUCAACGAACUUAGGAUGCUCGGGCGGAUGGCGGAAUGAAGAAUUGGAGUUUAAAGGCUUGAAGAACUCUAAAACUCGAAACCCAAAAAGAGCAAUGGCUCAAAAGUCGCCCAACAAAAUUGGUUAA